AUGGAUCGUGCGCCUCUUCGAGCUUUACUAGUACCGUCGCCCCGAAAUUCGAACACUCGUUGGAAGGUAGAAGCGAAUAAUGCGUAGAUCACAAACACUUCGAAACCACACCAGAGCAUCUAUGUCCUCUGCAGCAGGCAACACUAGCCAAUUUGGCAGUAUGGGCCCGGGAACAAGUCAACUGGCGCUUCAUUCAGAUGAUUUGGGUGUUCUUCGUGAAGGAGACGAAAGUGAUGCUGAUGUACUGAGAAGGCAGUUGCUAGAUAAGGAUAGGGAAUGUGAUCGUCUCAAAACGACGUUGUCACUGCUUCAAUCCCAACUUAGCCUUCGGCCACCUGUAGAACAUGUUCAAGCGUUGGAAAGAGAAUACAAGGAUCUUGAACUGUUGCUGGAAGGAACGCAGAGAGAGAACGAGCGGUGUAUGGGAGAGAUGGAGCGAAUGAAAAUCCGCGAGAAGAUGCUGGAGAGAGAGUUGGCAAGAUUGGCGGGGGAUAAUUGGCAGUCAUCAUUGGAUAUUUCUCCAUUUCCUCCUGCUGCUAUCGGUACCCUUGGCCGUUCAUCCGCCUUCCACCAGCGAUCGAAUACUGCCCCGACAAAUACUAGGAUGGACUCUUCCUCCAUUUCUUCAGGCCGUUCCGCUAGCUCAUCGUCUCCUCUCAAUCCAUCUAUCAACGCCAACGCCAAUCCCUCUUCUCCCCAUCUGGCCAACUCACCGUCCAUAUCCCGAUCCACCUCUGAACAUGUCUUGACUUCUUCGCCUACCCAAGAAUCAGAUUUACAUCCUGGCGGCGGUGGAGGGAUGGAUCCCGCAAUGCUCGCCGCCCACAUAGAAAAGGUUAGAUUGUUGAUAAUGGGUAUGGAGACACGAAUUUCGAAGAGAGAGGACCAUCUACAAGAAAUGGUGAAACGAGCUGAGAGCGAAGGUAGGAGAUGGGAAGAAGUUGUUGGUGGUGUUCGAGCCUAGGCGCAUACGUCGUGGGCGCCUUGCUUCAAUGUCUUGCUAGAUCAUUAUUCAUGAACGAACGAAAAUGACAUUCCGGUAAUUGUAUUUCUCCCAUUUUGUAACAUCUCAAAACCUCGCUACGAUUGUUUUCUUGUAUCAC